ACAAAACCAAAACAAAAUACAAAAAAAUUAGGAAUAACAACACAAAAAUUAUAAUAAACAUACAAAAACUAGAAACGAAUGCACAAGUGAACCACCAACAUUAAAAAAGUCCAAUAAUACCACUAAUUAUACGAACAAUAAAAACAAGACUAAAGGUAAAUAAGAAAAAUAUUGAUUCAAAUAGAAAAGGUCCGGAAACCGACUCGCAACAUUUUGAUUAAAAUAAUGCCCAGGCGCAAAACAUCAUAUGCGACACGCAGACGUGAUAUGCGAAAAGCUUUAAAUAAAUACCGUGAAAAACAUGGAGAUUUCGAUCGAGAAAGAAAUAGAAAAAUGUUGUCUCUAAGACGAAAGGAUGAAGAUUAUCACUUCGAAGAACUUCUCAAAAAUCGGAUAUCUCAACAAAAAUUAAGGUAUUAUAAAAAACGGAAAGAAGCCGCGUACACUCGAGCGAAAGAAGCAUAUCUUGCUAGACAAGAAGCAUAUUUUGCUAGACAAGAAGAAACUAAAUUUGGUAUAACUGGAAGAAAUGAAAACGCAUAUCUUGCUAAACAAGAAGAUACUAAAUUUGGUAUAACUGAACGAAAUGAAGAAGCUUAUCUUGCUAGACAAGAAGAAACUAAAUUUGGUAUAACUGAACGAAAUGAAGAUGUUCCGGUUUAUAACGAAUGCUAUCGAGGAGAUGAGCUAUCAUAUUCCAUUGUUAAUACAUAUUUUGGUAUAACUAAACGAAAUGAAGAUAUUCCCAUGUAUGUCGAAAUCAAACAAGAAGAUAUGCCGACAUAUGAAUAUAAUGAGCAUUGUAAUUUCCCAAAAAUGGAAAGUUUUCAGACUGAAAAAUUUACUACGAUUGAACAAUUCAACAAAAACAAACCACAAGAAGAAAAUAAAUUUGGUAUAAUUGAACGAAAUGAAGAUAUCCCGAUGUAUAUCGAAAUCAAACAAGAAGAUAUGCCGGUUUAUAAUGAAUACUAUCGAGAAGACGAAGAUAAGUUAUCAUAUAUUACUAAUACAUAUAAACAUAAUAAGCCUUGUCAUUUCCCAAAAUUGGAAAUAUGUAGUACGAUAGAACAAUUAACACAUCCUAUUGAAAUUUGUGAAAGCAGUGCAGAAAAAAAUCGAUCUAAAUAGUUGAUUAAUGUUGAUCCUACCAAUUUCCCAACAAUGGACAGUCGUAUGGGUAAAACUAAAUCAGCAGCAAUAAAACUAGAAGAUGCAGAACUUAGCAACCCCAGGGGGUGAAAAAUUAUAAACUGGUAAAAAUCUAUCAUACAUCAAUACAAUAACGAUAUGUUAAGAUUUGGAAUUUUUGAAAGAAGUAACUGAUAAAAUAAAAAAUAAAGUAAGUUUUAAGAUAUUUGAAUUUUUUAA